AUGGCGGUGCCUCCAUUGCCGGCGGUGGAUGGGACGAUCUCGACACUAUCGACGUUGGAAUCGAUCAUUUGCAGACGCGGUGGGGCGACUCGAAUGGGCCAAGCGCUCGCAUCACGUGAAAUCACGUGCAUCCCUGCCCGUUUCGGGGUGACCGUGGAUGAACAAACGCAGUGCGAUGGAGCGCAGAGGGUCUCGCUGUCGCCUCCGCGGAUUCGAUAUUCGGUGGCAGAAGCGCUUGCCGAAUAUCCAGCGGUCAACCUCUCCUUCCGCCGUUGUUUCAUCGGUCCCAGGCAGCAUCCACUGCCAGCCCACAACCAGGUCACCGCUCUUUAUGUCUUGAGUGGUUCCGAAUCGCGGCUACGACGUCCAGCCUACUGGACGGAGAGGGAGCCAUUCCGCCGACUUCAAACUGGGUCCUCCUCCGUGCUGCAGGAGGACUGGCAAAACGGCCCCUUCAAUUUCCAGCCAUUGCAAACGCUCGUUCUGGGUCCAUCGGAGGGAUUGGAAACGAGUACCCCUCCUUUGACGAACCCCGAGCGAAACGCGCAGAAGGUGACUCCGCAACGGAAAAUUCUACCCUUGACUCCACUAACUGGCAUUAUCAUCAUGGGCACCUGGCCGGAGGAAUAA